AUGUCCAAGCUUGGUUUCUUUGCACAGAGUAACUUCCCCCCUGCACUAAAGGAACUGAGGAUUCGGGAUUGUGAUAGUUUACAAUAUUUGUUUGACGAGAGCAUGGAUAGUAACACUUGUCUUCUUGAGCACUUGGAAGUGAGAGGCUGUUCAUCUCUAAUAUGGUUAUCAUCAAGGGCUGAUAUAUGCAAUCGGCUUCAACAUCUCCGAAUUUACGGCUGCCCAAAGUUGAGUAGCUUAUUUCUGAAUUCCAAGUUACCCGUAAUGCUUAAAAGGCUAUCUAUUUCGGGGUGUUGGGUGUUGGAAUGCGUGGCCCAAGACUUGCAUGAAACCACUGAUCUCGAAAUUAUUCAAAUUCGGGAAGUUCAAAGUAUUAAAUCUUUACCGUCAGGAUUAGACAAGCUCAGACAUCUCCAGGAGAUUUCUCUACGAGAUUGUUCGAAUCUGGUGGCUUGUUUUAAAGAAAUUGGGUUGCCCUCCACAAAUCUCAGGGUUGUUAAGAUUAUGAAUUGUGAAAAUUUUGGAGCCCUUCCGAAGUGCAUCAACAGCUUCACCUCCCUUCGCGAGUUAAGGGUGUCUCACAUAUCCUUUCCGGAAGAGGGUUUCCCUACCGGUCUCGCAACACUUGAAAUCUCCGGGGCACCCGAAGUUUAUAGCUCACUUGUUGAAUGGGGAUUCUAUAGACUCACCUAUCUGCAAGUACUCAGAAUCAGUGGUGAAGGAUGCUCAAAUGUGGUGUCGUUUCCAGAAGAAAGUAGAGGAAUGACGCUUCCUCCUUCGCUCAGAUCAAUCCGGAUUUCAAAUUUCAAGAAUCUGGAAUUCAUGUGCUCCAAGGGUUUUCAACACCUCACUUGUCUUGAAGAAUUGGGAAUAUGCAAUUGUCCUAAGCUCACAUCUCUUCUUGGGAAAGACGUGCUUCUCUCUCUUGGGUGUCUAUCUAUUGACAGAUGUCCGUUGCUAAAAGAAGAAUGCACGAGAUUUAAAGGACGAGAAUGGUCCAAGAUUUCCCACAUACCUCGGGUUGUAAUUGAUGGGUAUCUGAAGCUUCAAUGGGAGCUUUCCAUCAUUAAGGUAUUGGAUUGA